AUGGCUGACCAGCUACCCGAAUUUCCCACCGACGUCGAGACUGCACCUUUGCUUCGUCUGUCACUCCUCAAGCUCGUAAAUCACCAGCCUGACGAAGUUGAGCGAUUUAUAGGAGCAUGCCGGGACUUGGGUUUCUUCUAUCUUCAUCUUGACGGCCCUGGUGACACCAUUCUGCAAGAGUCUGAGCGUCUCUUUAGCCUGGCCAAAGACCUGUUCGAUCUACCGCUCGAGGAGAAGAAAAAGUACGACUUUUCGGCAGAAAAGACCUACUUUGGCUAUAAACAUCUAGGAGGCUCUGUUGCGGAUAGAACCGGCAGGCUUGACAGAAACGACAACGAGCUAACCAGCGACCAGAUCAGCCGAGACGAUAUACUGGGUACAUCAAAGCCAUGGCCUGCGCCUCAGGUAGUUGAGAAGGAACGACUGUUUUUAAAGGGAUUUAUGACCUCCGCCCAGGAUAUCAUCCACCUGCUGCUCAGACUGCUCAAUGAGUUUCUCCAGCUCCCCCCAAACACCCUCUCCUCCAUGCACAGAGUCGGCGUGUCGAGUGGCGACCAGGUCCGGCUCAUCAAGGCACCGCCGCAACCCCUGGAUGACAAACAGAUUGCCCUCGGCGAGCACACGGACUUUGGCAGCCUCACGAUCCUCUUCAACCGCCUCGGCGGGCUUCAAAUCCUACCCCCCGGCGAUGGCGCCGCCUGGACCUACGUCAAGCCCCUUCCCGGCCACGCCAUCAUCAACGUUGGCGACGCGCUGGUCAAGUUUACGAAUGGCGUCCUGCGGUCCAACAUCCACCGCGUCCUGUCGCCGCCGGGAGCGCAGGGCGACCACGCCCGGUACUCGGUGGUCUACUUUAGCCGGCCGGAGGACGACGUGCCGCUGAAGAGGCUGGAGGGGAGCGCUGUGAUUCCACCGCUCGAGGACGGCGUCGAGGAGGAUGCGACGACGAGCAAGGAUUGGAUUUUGCGCCGUGCGCUGGGGUCUCGGCCCAAGGUCGUGGGGGAUGAUGCGUAUGAUUGGAGGAAGAGCUCUGGGACAGAGGAUAUUUCGCGGCGUGCUGGUAUUACUGCCUCGACGACUUGA